AUGACCACCACAGCUCUGCCUUUACGGCUACAGAACUUCUUCGCACGUUACCCUCCACAACUGUACUCCGCAAAGUUCACCGGCAUCAAGAUCCCCUUGACGCGAAGAGAUGCCAAAGAAGCCGCAGUCGCACGAGCUGCCUUGCUCGCAAACCAAACAACCAUAUCCUCUACUCCACAAGCACACCCAAGCAUAAUUGCGCAACCUGUGUUGGUAUCUUCAACGCCUUCAGUCUCCGAAUCAACACCACCCUCAGAAUCUCUGGCGGAUGGACAAGGAACAGACUCCUCGAUACCCAUACCACCGCCUGCUGCAUCGCAAAAUCUCGAGAAAUUUCCGCCAAACCCCUUCCUCCCGCGCAAAAACUUCAAAACCGGCCGUUGGUCAGGCCCCAAAAUCGGCCUGCGCAGACAAGCCGAGCUCGUGAAACUUGCGCACCAGUACCACAUCGAGGAACUUCUGCCGCCGGGCAAAAAAUCGACUGCGUUCAAGGAAUCGCGCCUGUUAGAGCGCGGUCUUAGGAUAAAAGGAACCGGUGAAGGACAGAAGGUCAAGGGUCAUAAAUGGGAGAGACGGAUCGGCACUACGCUUGACAAGAGACGGAAAGCCAUGGAGAAUAUGCCGGCUCUCAUUCGGGAGUGGAAGCAGAAAGGCCACGGAAGGGGCUGGGGCAAAUAUCCAAGUUCAAAAGCAAGUAAGAAUUAG